CCUGUCCCCAUCUUUCUGUUCACGAGACAAGUUUGACGGCAGCCCAACACUAUCGAACCUGCUUGCCGCUUCCUUCCCUGCUCUUUCGACUACUUACCGUGAGAGUCGAUCCCUUCCUGUCUUUUAAAGCUAUACGAGUGACAAAAUUUCGCCACUCUUCAAUACCGCCCCGAUCAUGCAUACCGGUAUCUGGCCAUGGCCUACGAACUCCCUCCUGGAAGAAGCUUUGUUGCACGUUGAGCAAAGUCUUGUAAGAACGACAAAGAUGAGGAGCUGGUCUUCUGUUUUGAAGCUGUCGACGGAGAACGAGCUGAUAAGCUCAGCAAGCAUAUCUGAAGAAGACGUGGAUGCUGAUGCAAAACCAUUUGCCUUUGCUGAAGCUCCCAAACGGAGGCACGUCUGGACUGAAUCUGCUCGAGAGCAGCACAAGCAAGCUUGCAAGGCUAAGGGGAAACUUACCCUCGGACAAAAACUUGAGAUUGUGCGUAGGCAUGAAGCCAGAGACCCUGAGGAUCACAAGACCCAAGCACAACUUGCUGCAAUGUUUGGAAAGAGCAGAUCAGCAAUUUCAAAGAUUCUUCGUCCAGAAAAUAUCUCCAAAUUGAAGAAGAUUUCGGAUACUGGAAUUCACCCCGGUGUCAAGAGAUUCUCGCCCGCACAGCACCCUGAGCUUGAGAAAAGGAUGCAUCAAUUCGCCCUUGAGGCUGCCAGCAGGGGAGUCUGCAGAAGGGCACAACUCUGCAAAUGCGCAGAAACCAUUGCGAAGGAAAUGGGCAUCUCCAACUUUCGGGCAACUCAUGGAUGGUAUUCGAGAUUCGUCAGGCGCCAUGGUUUGGCAAAAUCACCGAGGGAAAGCGCGACAUCGCCAGUGCUGACGGCAACUGCCUCGAACGAAAUGGAUCUGGUCAGGGGGAAUAGCUCUUCAUCGAUAUCUACAGUUGGUGAUGAGUGAAGACUGGACGGAGAUCUCUUCUGUUAUGAACGUAACUGCUCUUUCUGUAAAAUGAUGCCGGAAAGUACUAUCGUUUUUCUCUUUGAUAUAUAAAGAUUUGUCCUAAAUC